AUGUCUACAAAUUAUUCAAUGAAGAUCGCCCUGCUCGUGUUAGUCUUGCACAUCUUGCUGCAGUUUGCUGUUGGAGCAUUGUCUGUAGAUACAUCUGAGGAUGUUGCAUUCCAAUUUCCAAGAUCGGGAUCGUUCAGAUUUUCUCAAGUUUCAUCAAAUAAGAUUGUUGGUGGUAAUGAUGAAGGUUUUGCUGGUUCUAACUUUGGAUUGAACCAACGCCAUGAAAUGGAAUGGAGAGGAAUCUUCCAACUAUUCAAUGACAAGAGUGCUCUUGUUGAUUCGGUAAAGAUAUUUGCUCAGAGUUUGGAAUCACCACUUUCAAUCUUAUUGGAAAGUGAGAAAACAUUCAUGAUAAUUCCACAUAAUAAGAGCUGUAUUCAGUUGGAGUAUGGGGCUAUUGGAAUGGGUGAUAGAUUUGUUAGUGGAAUUCAAAAAACUUUGGCAGUUCUGUAUUCCAAACUGAUUGUACCUGCUGUUAAAUUGGAAAAUUGGAAGGAGAGUUUUGACAUGCAAUUGUCUGGAUUGGCAGGUUGUAACUCAGGAGAUAGAGUGUUUGUGAAUUUGUUAAAUCAAGAAUAUUCGAAUGAAGCAUUAAUUGCUUGUGUGAAUGAAAAGAAAACACCGUACAGAAUUAGAUCUAGUAAUGUCAUGAUUGAAAUUAGUUCUGUCAACGAUCAAGACUCUAAAUUAUUUGAAAAGGUCAAGAUACUUUCUCAAACUUGUGUCAAGCAUACUGUUACUCCUCAAAAGCAAUAUCAAAAAGAUGUACCAACAGCAAAUAAGAAGUUAGUUUGGUUUAAGGAAGAGUCGAAUAAUUCUCUUCUCAAAGAACUAUACAAGCUUAAUUUGAAAAAUAAUGGAACCAAGAAAAUUUGUGUAUUCCUUCAUGGAGCUGGUGUGAAAAAUGAGGGUGUUCCUCUCAAUGAUUGGCCACACUAUUGGGGUCAAGUAAAUUCAUACACUGAAGACUUGUGUUCAGAGAGAUGGUUCAUUCGUAGAAAUACCAAAGAGAAUGGAUGGACUUCAGAGCAUUUACAAACAUCUUAUUGUGAAUUGGCCCUUAUUGGAAACAAGAAUAAGACCAACUCAAAGGUGAUUAGCAACACAAUAGUGUUCACGCACUCCAUGGCAAAUAUGAUUUUCCCAACAGCUAUGUAUAAGGGGUAUUGCAGCUUAGAUCUGACCACCUCGACAUGGGUAAGCUUAUCAGCUCCAUUUAAUGGAAGUCCAGCAGCAGUCUAUCUCAAAACACUCUGCUAUCAAUAUGUCCACAAAACAGCUCCUCAUGAGCUUCAGAAAAUUAUAGAUUUUGUUGCAGAAGUUACAGGAAAUUGUGAUGGUGAUAAUCCAGACCUCGCUGAUGCAACUUUACUUCCAAAUUAUUGUGAUCCAAAUACUACCAAUUAUCAUGGUAAGAAGCCUAUGUGUUUGGGUGAUCCUAUAUUCUCAUAUUCUGAACCAAAGAUUAGUGCCAGAUUGUGUGGUAGUUCACCUUUUGGUUUGGUGAGUUAUUAUGGUGUAGCUCUGGAAAUUUUUUCUCAAAUGGUUCAAUACGGAGAGCCAAACGAUGGGCUUGUUCCUGUUUCUAGCUGUUUCAUGACUACUCCUGCAUCGAGUUUUGUUGGUAAUUAUACAAGUUCGCUCUAUAAUGCAGCAAUUAAUCACUCUGAUGCUACUUGUAGAAAUGGAGAUUCCACCUUUUCAGAAGCAAACAAAAUGCCUUGUGCAUUCUUUGGAAUUUACAGAAGCCCAGUUCAAAGAAAGUAAAUUGCAAUAUCAGUCAACCUCUCAUGCUUUGUCAAGUUAAUAAGGUUCUGUUUGAAAGUUAUACAAUAAUAACUCUCCUUUGAUUUGCGCCAAUAGUAAACUGAAUAGUAAGAAGUUCC